GAGAAACUCAUCACUGAGAACACGCCAUUGAAGAAGCCCUAAUUCGAAUUUCAUCGCACACCCUUUUCAUCUCCAUCAUCCAAGUUUCGUUCUUUUCGCCCAGAAUUGAAAUUUCCAGUGACUAAUUUUAUUUUUGGCUGAUAAUAUAUGUAAAUAUUAUCAUAUUCAAUUACACAUACAUGCCCUAUUUUGGUGUUUGAUUUAGGGAUAUCAAUGGAGGGCACAAAUUUGGACUCUCAGAAUCAGGUACAAGUUGUAGAAAAUUUAUCUGCAAGGGUUUCUAGUUGCUCCCUUGGCAACCAGAUAUCCAAUUCCAAUUCCAAUUCUUCUCUGGAUGAUGAGGUUGUUAAUAGGAAGAAUCAUGUUACUAAUGAGCAUGAUGAUUCGUAUUCCACUGAUAGCGUUGAAGGGCGUAGUAUGACACCGUCCAGAUUAUAUCCUGAAAGACCGUUGGAAAAUAAUAAAGAUGACAUGGAGUCUUUAGCUGAUACUCAGAAGCAGGGGAAAUACUUCUAUUAUGAUGCUCCGCUGUAUGAAGAUACUGGGUCUUGGAUACCGGUUUCAGUUCCACCUAUGUUGGAAGAUGAUCACAAAGAGUGGGCCAAAGGUUUUCACACGAACGGCGGCUAUUUUCCUGAUGAUGAUAUGGGAUGGAGUCAAUAUGUUGGAGGAGAAAAGGAGUUGACUAUGUGGGAUGUGUUAGUGGAAAUGUUACUUGUAGCUAGGGGAAAAGUGAAUUCUUUGGCAUCAGGAGAUAUUCAUUCUUGUGCCAUUUCAUGGUUAUCCAGCCAUGUACUUGAACAAGCUUGGAGAGAGAUGGCACAAACUCUUACUGAGGCCAACUUUGGUAAUUUGAGGGAACUACUAGAAGCAGAGCCUCCAAAGUGGUUGGCGGAUAGUGCUGCUGCUUCUUGUAUGCUUUGUGGUGUGAGGUUUCAUCCCAUCAUGUGCUCCCGGCAUCACUGCCGGUUUUGUGGAGGAAUAUUUUGUGGUGAAUGCUCCAAAGGACGCAGCUUGUUGCCGUCAAAGUUCCGAGUUUCUGACCCCCAAAGAGUCUGUGAUGUAUGCUUUGUCCGACUUGAGUCUGUGCAGCCUUAUUUGAUGAAUGAGGUAAGUAAUGCUGCUCAAUUGCCAACUCACGACCUGACAGACCUCAGCACUUUGAGAUCAUGGGUUAAUUUUCCUUGGGGACAGACCAUGGAAUAUGAAAUUUACAAAGCAGCUAACACUAUCAAGGCUUAUAACCGGGUUGGUUAUUUAAAGCCUGAGAAGUCAAUUCCAGAUGUCAUUCUAAGGCAUGCAAAAGGCCUCGCAAUUAUCACUGUGGUCAAAGUAGGAGUGAUGGUUACUUAUAAUAUUGGAACAGGACUUGUCGUUGCACGUAGAGAAGAUGGUUCAUGGUCUCCGCCAUCUGCCAUUUCCACAUGUGGUGCGGGAUGGGGGGCUCAGGCUGGAGGAGAGUUAACUGACUUCAUUAUUGUUCUGAGAACAACUGAAGCUGUCAAGACAUUUAGUGGUAAUGUACAUCUUUCACUUGGUGCUGGUCUGAGUGCUGCAGUUGGCAUUGCGGGAAGGGCACUUGAAGCUGAUGUUCGAGCUGGUGAUGGUGGCUAUGCUGCUUGUUAUACAUACAGCUGCAGUAAAGGUGCAUUUGUUGGAUGUUCACUUGAAGGAAGUAUUGUCAUCACUCGCACUCAAGAAAAUUCUCGUUUUUAUGGCAGCCAGUCUAUCACUUCAACAGAUAUACUUCUUGGCUCGCUGCCUAGGCCUCCUGCUGCCGCCAUUCUCUACCGUUCUCUUGCAGAUUUGUAUGGGAAGCUUGAUGGUUAAUUGAAUGGUUCAAUGUCACACUUCAUUCCUUUUUCAUUUUGAACAUUGGCAUUGAAGAAAAUUUGUACAGAUGCUAAGUCCCACUCAAAUUGUAAAGGUUCUCUUCGUGUCAUUAUUUGUCAUGUAAAUAAAUGCAGAUGUAAAUAUUGUGUACUCUGCGUUGACCAAGAUGGAGGAUUGGUGACUUGUUUUAAGGUUAAUUUUAUAUAAAGUACUAUAAGUUUAAUCUC